AUGAAUGCCAAUGCCAAUGACAAUGCAAAUAUAGCCGAAUUAUCAUCACAACCAUCACCACCACCUGCUACAGAAAGUCUGGAUCCUGUGGCGUCUUAUUCAGCAUGGCGUAAAAAAAAGGACACGGAGACUCUUCAAGGCACACAGCCACAGCCACAGGCGGCGAUGGAAUCAUUCUUGAAACAACAUUCAGCAUACGAUGUUUUGCCUGUCAGUUAUCGUCAAAUUGUCCUGGAUACCACAUUACUGGUCAAGAAGGCGCUUUCAGUCUUGAUGCAAUAUAAUAUUGUAUCAGCACCAUUAUGGGAUUCGACCAAGCGCAAGUUUGCAGGAAUGCUGACAGCAACGGAUUUCAUUAACCUUAUCCAGUUUUAUUAUUCGCACUCGUCUUAUUCUGCCGCCAUUCGGGAAAUGGAUCAAUUCCAGAUAUCACAAUUGCGAGAUGUCGAAAAACUUAUUGGAGUCCCACCACCUGAACUCUUUUCACUCCAUCCAUUGCAGUCAUUGUACGACGCAUGUCAAUUGCUUGUUGAAUCGCGUGCACAUCGAUUACCCCUUGUGGAUGUGGACUCAGAGACAGGAGAAGAGAUGAUCGUAUCAGUGUUGACACAGUACAGGAUCCUCAAAUUCAUUGCCAUGAACUAUCAGGAUGAAAAGACAUUAAGACAACCUCUUUCAGAACUCAAAAUUGGGAUCUAUACUGAUUUGGCAGUGGCUGAUCUUUCGAGUCCAGUGAUGUCGGUCAUUGAUAUGUUUGUGAAGCGGAGGAUCUCCUCAGUCCCCAUUGUUGAUGAAGAUGGCGUCGUGUUAAAUGUCUUUGAGACAGUUGAUGUGAUGGUAUGUACAUUGGUCAAGGCAGGAGUAUAUCGCGAUUUAGAUUUGUGUGUGGCAGAGGCAUUACUUCGACGACCAGAGGAUUUUGCAGGAGUCCAUACUUGUACCUUGAACGAUAGCUUAUCAUCGAUCUUUGGGACCAUCCGUAAAUCACAAGUACACCGACUGAUUGUCGUGGAUAGUGGGAACAAACUGAAGGGAAUCGUCAGUCUAUCGGAUAUUAUGCGCUAUCUUAUCAAAGGCAACGAUGCUAAGCCUUCUUCUACCACUAAUACUGCUACGACUACAACAGCUUCGACGACAACUUCGACUUCCUCUUCCAUGCCUGAUCCUAAUUUUAAUCCUGCUCCUUCAUCAACAUCAACAGCAACGGAAUUGAAUAAACAGGAGGAACCACCAGUAGCAGAGGAAGUAACACCAACGAGCUUUUGA